AUGGUCUUCGUGGUGUCGACGUCAAAGGAUGACUCGAGUGAGCUGUCUCUGCAUACAUGCCGCAUCGGUUAUCAUUUCCGCGAGAUGAUUGUUGAAGACGCUAGGGCUACUCUUGACCUCCGACCCGUUCCACAUGGCGUUGCCAGCCUCGGCGUUCAGAAGCGAUCCCAGAAAGUCAAGAAGAGAUUAAUGCGCAGGCCGACGCCGCUCUUCGAGAGCUAUUUCCGAGAAUUCCCAACACGGAUCGGCAAAUCCUCCAACGGCGGCCCCGUCGUAGGCCUUUGCCCGGAACUGACACUAUCCCGCCGAGUACAACUUGCGCGUGCAAGGAAAACGGUUGAGUCAGUCUGUCUCGACAUAAUCGUCAAGUGGCGUGGUGAUGAAGAAAACGGACGUGACCAGCUUGACACUAUUCUUCGAGAAGUUGUUGUCAUCUCCGACUCGGAGGAUGACGACGAAGAGACUGGCGAAGACUCUGAUGUCCCUGUCGUCAUCUCACCUCCUGCUGCGAACCUCGUAGCUGCCCACAGGGCCGCCCGUGUUCUGGAGCGGCCUGAGGCCGGUAUUGCUGCCUUGACCAUCAGCGGGGCCGGGAACAGGACUCGCCCGACCCCAACCUCUAGGCAUGUAACCCCAAAGGUGCCGACCACUCCAAACCGGACUAAAGUCCUGCGAGGAGGGCUGGCGGCCCUCAUGUUGCCCAACCGGUGUUCGGUAAUGACCCGCAGCUUCACCAACCCGUCAUCUCGUAGCCAGCAACCCACAGAGCCUUUCUACUCGGAUAUCAUUAUUCGGUCCAUUGAGGCCCCUGCACCUGUGUCCAUGGCCCCACGGUUUAUCCGUGCCAUCCCUGCUCACAAGCGUGCCCGUGAACAAAGCCCAGACGAUGACCGACCUGGAAUGUACUCUAAUCCUCAGACUUACUACCCCCUAUUGACCAAGCUCAAGAACACCAUGUCAAGCGACCUUAACUACCAUGUUACCCGACCUGAGUACCACCAUUCCACCUAUGCAGAUGUGGACCCGAAACCGGCAUUAAGGGAGCAUCUUCCUAGCCGGCAGAUGUAUCGUGAGGUACAGCCAGCACACAUUGAAUUUCGAGACCCAACUGCCGCUUCGCGGUACUCCGUGUCUUCCUCUCGGCACGAUGGUGAGGCCGUCAACGUCCGCGAGGUCGUCGUGGGUGCUCCGCGUUAUGUCAAUCUUCGUGGCCCGAUUGCUCAGACACCCCACCCUGCACAGCAGCCCUUUGGCGCAAAUGGAGGGCCAGGCCGGCCAUCCAUCCUUCACCCCGCUGCGCCGCCCCGUUAUGCUGAUGCAAGCUAUGGUCCUAGCCAAGGUGACAUCCGCCAGGGCCCCAUGCAACCCAUCUUUGUUAGACGCAUAGAACGCCGGAGCCCUGAGCCGCGAUAUGGGAAGCCACCCUCCUCUGCGGCCUCCCUAUACUCACAAGUUUGGAUAGACCCUACGGUGAUCCUCACGACCAUCCUUACCAACACCUUUACCCUCCCUCCUCCCAACACAGCGAUCUCACCCGUAAUCGAGGCCAGCCUCGCGAGCUUGUGCCGGCGAGCUCCCACCCCCAACACCUCACUCGACGGUCCUACCCAUAUCACGAUCAGCCCAUCAGACCAAAGGACAUCAUUGUCCUUGAUUAGAACCGAUCUCUUACAACUGGCGAUCAGCUGGAAAGGAGCUCUCACAGGCAAGCUCGCGAAGGCACAGAGGAAGCACAGGUUGCGAGUCGGGGGUGGUGCAGGACCCCGCGGCGGCAAAGACGGAUACCUCCAAGGCCACCUCGGGGGUGCCGUUGGCGCGGCUGGCGCCUCCCCGACGGGUGGCGCCACCGACGACGUUCCCCUCCUAAACCCCCGACCCCUGACGGAGGCGCAGAAGAACGAGCUCACCCUCAAGGAAGCUUUCCCCACGGUGGAAGAUGGCGUGAUUAAGGCGGUUCUGAGGGCUAGUCGAGGACAGGUCGAGCCUGCUUUCCAUGCUCUCCUAGCUAAGGACGAUGAAGAGGAGGGUUUCUUCGAGACGCAGACUAAGGUCAACUCAUGGAUCACGAACUUUAAGAAGAAGAUUGAUGAUGCGUUUGAGGAGGAGGAAGCAGAGCGGCAGAAGCAGCAGCAGCAGCAGCAGCAGCAGCACCUCGCCUAUGGUAGGAGACCCGGCGAGUCCAGCCGGAGGAGUGGGGAUUACGAUCGCUACGAUGCCGAUCCACAGCUCAUUACCGAUGAUUUCGCGGGCAUGAAGCUCGCGGCUGAUGGAACCUCCCCACCGUCCAAGUCACCCAGGCCAAACGACGGCCGUAGGGUAGCCUUCAGGGAGGAGACUGAGGAGAUCGACGCGUAUAACUCAUCGCCGAAGCUCGGCGCCCGAGACACGGCCACACCUCCCGGCAACAAGCAGAGCAAGUGGCAGCCACUAUCGGCCGUUGAGCCGAGCCCGAUCACGGACAACGACCCGUUCAGUCUCGGAGAUAGCGAGGACGAAAAAGACCUCAAGGACAAGGCAGCGACGACGACCGCCGGCGCAGGGGCCGGUAACGGAUCGGGCUCGAAGGGCGCCGGGGCUGAUGAUGCGGAGAGGUUGCGCAAGGCGGCGGCUGAAGCAAUGGCCGACAGCCUCGUGGAUGAUAAGUCGAACACGGAUGCCGGUUCCAAGAGCUGA